CAACAAACUCUGGUUUAUCACAACAACAAGCAUGGCGUUGCACAAUUAUGGAAGGACCACAUUCGUGAAACAUGUAUCUUCACUACAAUGUACAGGUUUCUGUGCGGUCUCUGUCCGCUGAAGAGAGUCUAGAAAAGUUUAAUAUAAUUUUGGAGUUGAAUGGAGAUGGUUCCUCAAUGUGGAAAAACGUGACGGGAUAAAAUCAGGUGUUGGAGGAGUUACUGAGUUUUUCCAGCGAUAUGUUUAUCAUAGGCUGCCUGUCAUUACAUCAUGAUUUAGGUUUUUAUUCGAAGCAUUAGUCUCACAUUCUAUAGUCAACUUACACACGACACUGACAUGCACUACCUCAUCAGCUAUGUGUGACGUUUUAAAUGUAUGUAGAUCUGUCCUGAAUGAAUGUUUUGUUGUUGUCCUACUUUUGCCUACUACUAGGUUCUGCUCAUCAAUUGGUAGGCUAUUUGUUAAUAAAACAUGCAUUGAUAUUUUGUUAAGGGUAUUACGUUUUGAAAAAGACUGCCUCUUUACCGGACUUAUGUUUUUUUAUGUUUUCAACUACCCCUACCAAAGAUUUUAGAGUAUAAUUGACUUUGUGGCUGUGUUAUCUAGUGGGAACCGGCUAGUGCUUCCGGUAUGAGGGAGCGUUGAAUGAAAUAUUUAGCUGGCUAAUUCCCUUCCGUGCCAACAGGUGGCAGUAACUAAACGAGUCAACUCUUCAAAAGACAGACAACUAGUUUUCUGAACGGCGUGUGAGAUAGAUUUCCUUCCACACAGCAACAAUGGCAGCCUCCAAUACCAAUGUGAUACGGGUGCGAUUGUAUUUUGAUUACCCGCCGCCCUCGGUAUCCGACUGUCGCAUGUGCUGGGUCCUCGUGGAUCUGAACAAAUGCCGGGUGGUAGCAGACAUAGCCAGCGUGAUCAGGGAAAAGUUCGACUUCAGUCGCAGGAGCAUUUUGAGUCUGUUCAUUGAAGACUGCUACCUGCCGCACACAGAGAGCAUCUACGUAGUCCGAGAUAACGACAGCAUCAGAGUGAAGGUGGACACCCUAACCCUUUCGAGUGGAAGUCAGUCGAACACAUCUGUUGUGAAGUCCAAGAAGAGGAGGAGAGAUGCCGAGGAGGAGGAGCCCACACAGAACCGAGUGAGUGAAGAGUGGAAAAAGAAGAAGAGAAAGAAGGAGAGUCAGGAGGCCGAUUCCAACCAGGCUGCGGUUGAAGAGAGGAGGAAAGAAGACAAGAAGAAACAGAAACAGAAGAAGAAGAAAGAUAAGAAGGUGGCGACCAAAACCACUGCCUCGUCCACAGGACCCUCUCCCACCUCGUCCACAGGACCCCCUCCCACCUCGUCCACAGGACCCCCUCCCACCGUAGUCAAAGCAGACAAAAACACCAAGAAGGCUCCAGCGGCCACAGCAGUAUCUGUUAACGGUAAAGCCACAGCAAAGACCCCGAAUGGGGAAACGGACGACUCUUCUGAUUCCAGUGAAAGUAGUGAGGAGGAGGUGGCCCCCAGUAAAACCUCCAUGCAGAAACUACCCCCCAAAUCACACUCUGCUAGCUCUACACCCCCUGUCACAUCUAAAGCCACCCCUGUAGUUAAACCCCGAGUCCCCAUUAAGAAACCAUGCCCACCUCCCUCAUCUGAUUCGGACUCCUCAGACUCAUCGGGUGACGAUGCCUCUAGCAAAGCCACCACAGGCAAACCUCCCGUUAAAAACCAAACUCCUCUAUCCAAACCUGCUGCCACUCCUCCUACCACCAUACCCACCGGCUCCGGAGCUGGUCCUAGAGACAAAACCACCCCCUCCAGGCCCAGCCUCCCUUCCUCAGGUCCCAGGACCUCUGGAUCCCCUGGCCAGAGAGCUAAUGCUCCAGGGCCAGGCUCUACCCCAGCAGUGCAGAAGGCCCACAGGAGGCCUGAGAGCCCAGGCUCUACCCCAGCAGUGCAGAAGGCCCACAGGAGGCCUGAGAGCCCAGGCUCUAGUAGUAGUAGUAGUGAGGAGGAGAUCCAGCUGGUUAUCAAACAACCGGGCCUGGGGAUGGGGAUAGUCCCUGCUAUGGCAGCACAACCCACCUGGAGAGGCAGGGGAAGCCCUAGGGGUGUGGAGAGAGGAGGGGUUAGGGGUAGAGGGGAUGGAGGCCAGAGUUGGGGUGGUGGAGGUAGGGGGGUUAGAGGGGAGUGGGACAGGGGUCCUCGUGGUGGGGGUAGAGGUGGGGAGUGGGAUAGGGGUUCUCGUGGGGGUAGAGGAGGGAGAGGGGGAGAUAGUGGGGCAGGGGGAGGAGAUAAUGCAGGGUUUUAUUUCAACUAUGAAGGUGGACAGCGACAGCAGACUCAUCAGCCACCAUCGUACCAGAAGGACUCCCUGAAUAACAGCUCUGUGGUGUUCCAGAACCCAUCAGAGAGUGUCCCCAAGAGGGACUACAGUGAGAUGCCCCUCCUAGCUGCUCCCCCUCAGGACGGACAGAAGAUCGCCUUCAAGCUGCUGGAGCUGACAGAGAACUACACACCAGAGGUGUCUGAGUAUAAAGAGGGGAAAAUCAUUCAUUUCGACCACAGCACCAAACAGAUUGAGCUCGAACUGCUCUCUGCUUAUCAAGCGCCCGUGGAGCCGGGGAAGUUUGACCUGGUGUAUCAGAACGCGGACGGAUCCGAGAGUGUGGAGUACGCUGUGUCCCGGGGUUCCAGGGUGACUGAACGUUGGGACUCACUGCUGGAACCCAGGCUAGUUGUUGGGAAUUUGAGUUGAGGAACAAGAUGGACGUUCUUGGUCGACUUGGCCCAGGCAUUUCUAACACACUGGCCCAUUUCCCCCACUUGAGUUCCCCAGUAAUGGCCAAAUUAUAAUAAUUCAGCACACAACCCCAAUUUAGACUAAGUUAAAGAUGGACCAGCCCAAAUCUGGCAUUUGCCGGAUCUGCCCCAGGGCCAGUCCGUUUCUGGUUGGAUGGACUGGGGCUUGUUCUGACACCUCCAUAGACCGUUUACCCUGGAUGGGCUUGUUCUGACACCUCCAUAGACCGUUUACCCUGGAUGGGCUUGUUCUGACACCUCCAUAGACAGUUUACCCUGGAUGGGCUUGUUCUGACACCUCCAUAGACAGUUUACCCUGGAUGGGCUUGUUCUGACACCUCCAUAGACAGUUUACCCUGGAUGGGCUUGUUCUGACACCUCCAUAGACAGUUUACCCUGGAUGGGCUUGUUCUGACACCUCCAUAGACAGUUUACCCUGGAUGGGCUUGUUCUGACACCUCCAUAGACAGUUUACCCUGGACUCAGAUUAAGCUGGAGAUGUUCCAGUGACUAUGAUUUUGUUUAGUUCAGGAGUAGAGCCUUAAUCUGGGUCUGGGAAACCAGCCUUACUGUCAACAGUCUCUCUGAUGAAGAGCUAUAUACUGGUAGCUAUUUUACCUUACCAAACCCCUUAUCUCAGCCUUACUGUCAACAUGUGGUUGGCUCUACUAAUUCAGGAUGUUUUUUUUUUUUAUGGAGAUUUGUUAAAUUCAAUAGUUUUGCGUUUCAGUUUAUUUACUCAGUAGACAAGAGUUCAAAUGAAAUUGACCAGAACCUUGGAUUCAGCUAAUCAAAGUCUGGAUUAAAGCUAUUGAUUAGUUUUAGUUCUGGGUGUGCUGAGCACCAUUUUAAUGAUUUACUUAAACAUCUUCUAAUGUUGUAUUGUGGAAGGGAGGGUACAGGGUAGGUUGCUUAAGUACCUUCAAAUGUUAUUUAAUCUUUGGUCUCUUUACUACUUUUUAAUUUUUUUACACAUUGAUAUAACUGUGAAUGUCCCAUCUUGAUUAUUUUGAAACUUGUUUGUAAGAUAAUAAAGUUUGAUAUCCUAUGACCAGGA